ACAAAAAAAUUCGAAGCCUUCAAAAUCUGGUGGUUUAGCUUUUUUUUGGAGGGGAAAUCUCAACUCGGAGAGAUCAUGUGCAUUGCGGUGUUUAUGUGGGAAGCUCACCCACUCUACCCUUUCCUUUUAUUUCUCAACAGAGACGAGUACCACAGCAGGCCGACAGAGCCAUUGGGAUGGUGGGAGGGUGGGGAGAUUCUAGGAGGAAGAGAUGGAGAGGCUGGAGGUACAUGGUUGGCUUUCUCGAGGGAUGGAAGGUUGGCCUUUAUCACCAACGUUAGGGAACUCCAAUCUAUUCCUCGAGCUAAAAGCAGAGGACACCUCCCUGUUCGUUUCUUGCAGAUAAGCACAAGUCCGUGUGAGGCUCUCCAAGAUUGGAAAGGCCAAUUAAAGCUUGUUCCCAGUUUCUUUAAUUGCCAGAGCAAAGAUUAUAUGGGUUCUUGUCUUGGGGAACUACUGGGAAGCAAGAAGAAGCCCAUUGAAUUUGCUGAAGAAGUGGUGAAGGAGGCAAAUGAAUAUAAUGGGUUCAACCUGAUAUUGAUUGAUCUUUGUUCAAAAUCCAUGGUUUAUGUAACAAACAGACCAAAGGAAAAUGGCAACUUUGUCACAGAGGUUUCACCUGGGAUCCAUGUGCUAUCAAACGCAAGCCUAAACUCACCUUGGCCCAAGGCUCAACGGUUGGGUCAUAGUUUCAAGGAGGUCUUGGCAAGGUACGGGGAAGAUGAACUUCCCCUUAAAGAGACGGUUGCAGAACUGCUGAUGGACAGGACGAAAGAUGAUUCAAGCAUGCUACCAGGCAUAUUUCCUCCUGAGGUUGAAUACCAUUUAAGUUCCAUAUAUAUAGAUGUCAGUCGUCCCCAGGGGCGUUAUGGCACCAGAAACCAGUCCGCGUUGUCUGUGAAAUCAAAUGGGGAGGUCUGCUUUCAUGAAAGAUAUCUGGAGAAGGAUCUCUGGAAAGAGCAGACGGUAACUUACCAAAUAGAGAUGGCAAAAUAGAUCAUCGGCUACACAGCCUACACUCAUGAGGAAGUGACUGAACUUGUGAUAAUAAUUUCCUUGUUUUCUUUUUGCUGUCGCCUUAUAAUCAUGGAAUGGUUAUCAAAUCGUUCAAAUUCUCAACUUUAGAGUAACUAUAAAAACAGAUAAGUUACUCCUCAGAAAAAUUUGUUGGGAAAUUUGACUGCUUUCUGAAUUUCUUCAAAACUAGACGAAUGCCUAUCACUCUUGAAGGUGAUCACUUCAACUUUUACCCCGAUUUUA